UACUGUGACCUGAAUUCUUAUUAUUCCCACUCAGUUUGAAGUGGGGAGGAAAAGGAGCGCCUUGUCAGUAAUCGCACACAACCCUGAAGUAUGUGAGGGCUUCCAGGGGCGGCCAGUCCUCCUGGGAGAGGACUGCGGAAGCCCGCAUUGCCUGGGGCUCUGGGCCCGCGCGCUCAGAGGUUGUGCUGCGUCAGCUGGGAAGAACUGCGGGCUGGGCUACAGCCACUGCGGGUCCGGCCGCGCGGGAGGGCGCAGUCCACGGCCUUGCUUCCUUCUCCUUCUCCUCCCCGGCCCGCCAACCCCAGUGGAGCGCAGGAACAGGAGCUGGAGCCGGCGCGCCGCCAUGGAGCGCGGGACACCGGGAGCCUCGAGGCCUGCGGAGCCGGGGCCUUGCCUGAGCAACCUGCGGGGCGCGGAGCCCGCGGCCUCGGCUUCCAGGCUGAGUGCCGACCGGGCCCAGCCCGGGAAUCCCACGAUCGCCGUGGCGGCCGUGCUGCCUGCCGGGGGGUGCGGGGAGAGGAUGGGCGUCCCCACCCCGAAGCAGUUCUGCCCCAUCCUGGAGCGGCCGCUCAUCAGCUACACCCUGCAGGCCCUGGAGAGAGUUUAUUGGAUAAAGGACAUUGUUGUGGCAGUGACACGAGAGAACAUGGGAACAAUGAGGAAUGUCAUUCAGAAGUACCAGCAUAAGCGUAUCUCUCUUGUUGAAGCUGGAGAGACUCGCCACAGGUCAAUUUUCAAUGGACUGAAAGCCCUGGCGAAGGAUCAGCCAGACUCCCAACUCUCUAAGCCAGAAGUUGUGAUUAUUCAUGAUGCUGUCAGACCAUUUGUUGAGGAAGAUGUCCUCCUCAAAGUUGUCAUAGCUGCCAAGGAACAUGGGGCGGCAGGAGCAAUCAGACCACUUGUAUCAACUGUUAUCAGUGCCUCUGCUGAUGGCUGCCUAGAGCACUCCCUGGAACGUGCCAGACACAGAGCCAGUGAAAUGCCACAGGCCUUUCUGUUUGAUGUGAUCUACGAAGCAUAUAGGCAGUGUAGUGACUAUGACUUGGAAUUUGGAACUGAGUGUUUGCACUUGGCUCUAAAAUACAGUCACAUGAAAGCCAAACUGGUAGAAGGAUCACCUGACCUCUGGAAGGUGACCUACAAGCGAGAUCUGUAUGCGGCUGAAUCGAUUAUUAAGGAGAGAAUUUCACAUGAAAUUUGUGUACUUAUGAAUCCCAAAGAUGAUAUAGAGCCUAUAGAUCAUCUUCUUAAAGCUCUCAAAAAUGAAUUAAAUGAUGUUAAAAUUGAAUCUGGAGCACUGAGUCAAGUUGGCAGAGAUAUUCAGCAGAGCAAGUUAGAGAAGUGCUACAAUUUUGUUUGUAUGAAUAUUAUGACAUCUGAUUUUCAAGAAACUCGUAAUCUCCUGAGUACGCUUGAGGAGAGCAGCCUUUCCAUUUUGUAUCCUGUAGUUGUUGUUUCAGUGCAUUUCUUUGAUUUUGAAUUAGUGCCUCUCAGCCAGAAAAUGGAGAGCCUUGUGUGGGUCAGGGACACUGCAAAGGAAAUGAAAAAAAGAAAUAUUUUAUUGCAUGGCCUAAUCAUAGAGUACUCACAGGGUGAGAAGUUUCAAGAGAGUUUAAGACAAGGGGCCAUUAUUAUUGCUGCCUUAAUUAAAGAAAGAAGCUCUGGACUUGUUGGCCAGCUACUGGUAGCAUGAAGAACAUAGGCAGAACAUCACCGAUAAGGCUUCUGAAAGCACUGACCUAUGCGUCUCUGUGGUAUAUGCGGUCGAAUGUUAGUUGUUUUCUCUAUCUUAUCAUUUGUAAGUUGGGGUACUUGAAUUGUAACAGUGGAUCAAUGCUUGUAUCUGUGAAAUUACAUUCAUCAUAACACAAAUUGUCUCAACCAGAAAGAGCAUGUAAAUGGAGAAUAACUGCCUUCAUAUAAAGAAUUUUUCACAAAAGUUGAAAGCCCAAAUAAAAACAUGAUUGACAUGAGGUUUUCCUUUAGGGAACAAACAUUUAGAAUAUGUCAGUUAUUAAGUAUACAUUCAUUAAUUUGCACGUGGCAAUGAAGUUAAUGGAUAAUAAUAUUCAGAAUUCUUCUUCUUUCUAUUAUUGUCCUCUUACUAGGUGAAAUUUUGUGUUGUCUUAUUUUGGAAUUUUCUGCAACUUAAAAUAAGGGGUUAAUGAAAUGGAACCGUUCUAAAUAAUUUCAAAAGUUGCCUCCUGCUCUUUAAGUUCCCUGAAGAAGUUAUAAUUGCCUUCUGCUUCUCCAUUAUUUUAAAAUUGUUUUCAUUGGCUUAUAAAUGUAAUGUUAACGUUCAUUAUUUUGAGGAGUCUCUACUUUUUCUGAGUUAGUUUGAAGAAGUCUGUAGAAGUUUAUAAAAAGUGAUUUAUUUUAGCCAGCUUCCUGUUGGUAGCCUUCUCUUAGGAAGGAGUCCACUGUAUCUUUUCAAUAUGUAGUCCAUGCUGGUCUCAAAGUUUCUCUCUAGAUCAGGUUGGCCUCAAACACAUGACCCUUUUACCUCAGCAACUGGAGUGCUGGAAUUACAGGAAUGUGUCACCAUGCUUGACUUUAAGUUAGUUACUGUUUUGAUGUAGAUACUCUUGCCAGGUUAAAUCAAAUUAUUAUUUUUCCCAAUUUCCAUUGACCUAUACUUCUCAAAUUAUAAUAUUUUCCUUUAUAUAGUAUGUACCCAUGGUGUACAUUCAGUUAUUAGUGCCACUUAUUAUUUAAUAUAUACUUAUUUUAUAAAAAUAGGUCAAAUCAUACCAGGGCUUAGAUUGAAUAUGAAAAUUGUAAAAGUCACAUGAAAUAUUUUCAAUUCAGUAGACAAUGAAAUAUCUAUUCUAUGGAAUUUCUUCUCUAACACAUUAGAUAAUUUUACCUAUUCCUCUCAAGUACUAAUAUACUAACAGUUUAUAUUUAAGUCCUAAUGAGUGUGAUAAAAUGAAUAUGAAAUAAUUAUUAAAAUAUAUUCUCAUAAGUAUAAUAGAUUGACUGUAGACUUACAUUUACAUUGCUUGGUUCACCAUUUUUUUCUCUACCUCUAGUUUUUAGGAAGUGUAAAAUUGGGUAACUUAAAUUCUUUAGUAUGAAAAAAUGUGAGCUAAGGGUUUUGGUCACAAUGUCUUUGUCCCUGUUGAGGUGGUCACCUAUGGGGUUAAGACACCAAAGCAUAGCCCAUACGUAGGACAGAUAGAAAUAGUCAGGCAACAGUGUUUCAAGACUCUGAAAGUGCUCAUAAAGACAGAGGAGAUUGCCUAAUGAUAUCAUAGCCAUCUUCACAUCAGAGCAAAAUGUAUUAUGUGUUCAUGGUGCUGCUGGAGUAAAGGGACCUACUGAGCUUCUAGUUGUAUGCCAGUAUGGUAUAAACAGUUGUGAGCAGCACAUAAUACUUGAUAAUGAUAAUAAAUGACUACAUUACUAGUUGAUGUAUUUAUAUAAAAAUGAAAGAUAGAAGGGAAAUGUUACCUAGGUUUUAAAAUGUUACCUGGGCCAUUGGCUUUAAGAACGGAGGCUGCUGGAGGUGUGGCUCAGCUUCCAGGGCCUGGCUGGAAGCUCUAGCUUUCUGAUCAAACUCUAGCACCAUCCUCACUCUUCCCCCACCCCUCAAAAAAUGUCUGAGUGCCAAUGGAAUUUGCUAUACUUACAAUCCUAGCUAUUCAAGAGGCUUAUAUAUGAGAGGAUUGUGAUUUAGUGCCAACCUGUAAGGGAAAGACUACAAGACUCCAUCUGUAUAAUAAUCAACAAAAAGUGGAGAUAGAAGUGUGGCUCAAGUGGUAGAGUAUCUACAAAGCAAGCCAGCUAAGCAAAUGUAAAGCCCUGAGCUCAAACCCAGUACUGGUCAAAAAAACAAAAAACAAAAAACAAAAAAACACAAAGAAUACAAAACACAGAAAGGCAGACAACGCUGAAGGCAGAGCGAAAUCACUAUCUCUAUAAAAGGGUACCGGUUAACAGUAAAAAGCAUAGAUUUCAGGUUAGUGAAGAAAGAGUACAGUGGACAAGAAUAUCUCCUUGCUACAUUAGUGUUUCCCAGCUCCGAGACAACCCCUGCCACACACACACACACACACACACACACACACACACACACACACGUACACGUCUUGCACUGUUUAGAUGAGGAAGUUAGCACUGAGGAUCUUAAUUACUUUGCCCAGUGAACCACAUUUAAGCUCUCUUACACUCCGGAAAACUAGUAAUCAGCUUUAAGCUCAUACCCAUCCACAACAGUGACUCCUGGAAAAGACAUCCAAAAAUAUAGGAUUUCAGUUAGAAGCCAAUGCUCUCCCUGAGCACGGAGGAAUGGACAUAGAUGGAGGCAUGUAGCUGUCCAGAGACCAGAGGGAAGCCCUGGAGCUUUUGGCUUUCCAGCCACCUUCCAGCACACAGAAUGUAGGUAUGGUUAAGCAGAUGGAAGGAUUUCCUGGCCAAGAGGUAAAGAUAUUUUAUUGAUCCAGAAGUAUCAUUACAAUGGUGCUUUUAGUCUUUAAUUUGUAAAUUGCAUUCCUCUAGCAAAAUGAUCCAUUCUCACUUUAUUUUCCAAAAUUAUCUUUUCAAAGCUCCAUUAAUUUUGCUUAAGGGUGACUAAAAUUGCCUCAAUUCAUGGGAAAUUUUUGGAAAUACUUUUAUGUAUAACUUUAUACUAUUAAGUGCAGUCUGAAGAUAGGCAUUUUAGGAGUUCAACACUGAGUGAUCAGUGACAUAUUGGUAAGAGGUUUAUUUCUACUAAAAUCCUCAAUGUAAGACAUGAGUUGAUAUUAAGUAUACUCAUCCAUAGAUAAGAGUCAGACCUUUAUGUUUUACAUAGUUAUUGAUUUUUCAUAUAAUUUAUUAUAAAUAUCAUCUUUACAUUUCGUGUGUAUAACAGUCCUUUUAUGAGAAUCAAUUGCAUGAGAAAUUAUGUUAAAAUAUGUAGUAAUGUUUAACCUCAUUGUGAGCUCAUGGAAACAUAAAUCAUAACAUUUUUUUUCUUUAUGCCUGUCCUGGAGCUUGAACUCUGGGCUUGGGUGCUAUCCCUAAAUGCAAAUAAUAUUUGUUUAAAACAUUUAGGAUAUCAUUUGCAAGAAGAGAAAGUGAAGUUGUUUUAAAAAGGCUUAUUUGAAAAAACAGAAUACAUAACAUUUAUGUACUUCAAGUUUAUUAGUGUGACUUCAAGCCUCUGCUGGAGAGUUAGAGGCUGGGAGAAUGGUGGAAAUGCUGUUUAUGAGACUUUAUCUCCGUGGCUAGCUGAGCAUAGUGACCUGUGCUAGUCAUCUCAGCUACACAGGAGUCUGAGCUUGGUGGACUAAGAUUCUGUGCCAUCCCAGACCAAAACCUUUCAAGUCUUCAUCUAAACAGGAAAAAAAAAGUUGGGUGUGGUAGUGUGUGCCUGUUCUAUCAGCUACAGUGGGGAGCAUAAAUUGGAAAGACUAGCUCUGGUGAAAAGUGUGAUCCUAUUUCAAAAAUACCCAGAGUAUAAUGGGAUGGGACUUAAGUCAAGCAGUUGAACCACUGCCUACUCAGUCCAGAGUUCAAACCCCAAUACUGUUAAAAAAAUUUUUUAAGUCAGUAUACUAGAAAUGGCCAUGGAGGAGUAGGUAGGAUUUGUGUUUGACAUUGUAUUAUUUCUUAGUUUCAUAUUUUAAAAAUGUUUGCUAUUUUACCAUGAAAAGUAAAAGGAAGCUAUUACAUUUUCUAAACAGUUGUCUUUAUAAAACAAUAUGUAUUGUUUUAUCAAUAUCUAAAUAAACUGAUAUUUUCAAAUCCGG